AUGACGUUGCUACCGGUUUUAGGAGAUGGAGAUUUGUUUGUGCCAGAUGAAGAAGCCAACCGCCAAAAACAGCUGGAGGCGCGGCUAAGUUUGAUGGUUGUUGACUCAGUGGUCAAUAUAAACGGACGGCGGGUUAACAAAAAAAACCCUGGACGACUGGAUGAAGCCGAGAAGCCGAGAAGCAGUUCUACAUCGACUCUGUGUAGUAAGUGUUAAUUUGGUGGAUGAGGGUUUCGGUGAUUGAGGGUUAAGUGGAGGUAAGGUAAAAAAACGAGAGGAAAGAAGGAAAACCGUGGAGUGCCUAAGUUGUUGGCUUUUCAGGACGGGCCUUUGACGAGCGCAUGAUGACUGCUUACUCGCUGCACUACAAUCGUCAGCCACCAACUCUGUCAUCCCUAAUGGGAGGCCGCGUCAGCAAACCGGUCUCCAAUUUAUUAAGUAGCAUCUAUCGCUGCGGCAAGGUUUACUAUAGAGUGAUGCAUCGGCACGGGCAAAGGAUUCUGGAGUCGGAACAACUGAGAGAACUGGCCGCCAAUGGUGACUCGGACUAG